AUGGGAAUUGCACGGGCCAUGGUGCUCGCCACAGCGCUGCUGACCUGGCUGCAAGUGAGCCUGUGCAAGCACCACGUGGACCUCUCCAGUUCAGGGAAAUCUACGUUCCUCCUGAAUGUAGUCCCAGGAGACACAGUGGUAUACACGUGUCCAUACAGUUUUAACAAAGACAUGAGACACAUCUGUGCACGUGAGAGAGAUUUCUUUGACAGAAAACUCUUCUGUUUCGAGCACGUCAUAAUUAAUAGAAGCGUCUUCCAAUUGAGGGACUACGUGAGAGGAGCCUACAACAUCGUGAGCAAAUAUGUGAACAACGUAUAUACGGCGGAGUUCACUGUGCCCCCUGUUGUUCUCAUGAAUCGACAUUUCGAAUGCUACUGCUAUAUGGAUGAUGGGGGUAGGGUACAGAAGAAGACGCUGAAGGUACAUAUAUCGAAGGGUAUUGUUAGGAAGACCCCUGGAUGUGACUUCAACGAUGAGUAUAGAGAAAAUACUGCUAUUACCACCUUUAACAAAAUGAAUCGGAAAAUAGCUAAGGCGUGUGAUAGCUACCCCCGCGGUGGAGAUACCAUCACUCUGUUGUGUCCUGUUAACUACACGGUCCAACCGGAUGGAUGCUUCAACCAAGUUUAUGUAAAAAAGGACGACGUACAAAACAAUAAAAACCUACUGGAGGAAAGAUUCAAUAUAAGUCGUAAGUUUGAGCAAGACAAAUACAAGGUAGUUGGUAUUGAGACGCUUUUUGGAAAAAAGUUGGAUAGCGUAGGAGAUGAAAUAACCAGAUUUGCUAAAAUACCCGUUACAAAUGAUGAAAUCAUUUUUACCUGCACAUGUAAGGAAAAUAAUGGCUCAGACAUACUCAUGAUGAAUGUAUAUAUAAACGAAAGUUACGACAAAUUCGUUGAACCUAAUCAGGGGAAGUCUGCCCAAUCCAAUCAGGGGAAUCCCGUCCAGUCUAAUCAGGGGAACCCCGUCCAGUCUAAUCAGUGGAAUCCCGUCCAUUCUAAUCAGGAUAAGUCCGCUCAGUUUAAUUACGAGAGGUGGGUGAACCAUAAUAAUGGCCAGGUGGAGUACUCCAGGCAUAAGUUCAGUUCCACCAACGUUAGUCAGACGGAGGUGCGCGGUGCAGCGUCCUCUUCCUUUUUCGCUCACAUGCUGCUCUGUGCACUGUCACUGCUUCUGCUGGGUUAG